AUGUCCUCAUCUCCUCACAAGAAGGAGGAUAAAGAUCAACAGCAAGGCAACAGUUCAAAUCACAAUGCAUUGUCUCAGGUAGCAUCAGCCGCACUUCUUCUGGAUCGUUUGAAUACCUCAUCGAGCGUGGAGAGAAGAGCAAUCUUGGACGAAUUGCGUGAUCAUUUAUCAGAAGAUGUCAAGUAUGGGCGAACAGCUUCUUUGUUGGCUGCCCUAAGUCAUACUUUUGGAGACGUUCAAAGAGUCGCUUUAGGUAUCUCAACGCAGGCUGAAGAAACAGACUUACUUCCGAAGCAAGAAAUACUCAAUGCCAUCCUUGGAAUAUUGAGAAGAGUCGCACGAAACAGUACAGGGCCAUCUUCAGUUUCCGCAGCUCGUACGUGUGCAUCAGCAUUUCAAGCUUUGAGUUACAUAUUCAAAGGAAACGCAUUCGCUUCACUUUCAUCUCUGGACAUACAGUAUGUGGUCAGCGUAUCUACGAGGUGCUUGCGAUGGGGCAUCAAUGAAGCUUUAGAGGCACAACCUCGAACCAACACUGCACGAAGGGUAGGUCCAGGAAAUGCUCUCGCCUUCUCAGGUCAGCGUCUUGGCGGUGAUAAGGCGCAAGGAUCAUCUGUAACAUACAAUCGCAAGUCUGCCUUUUCGUCUAUGGGCAAUGUACCGUCUGGGCCAGUUUUGCGCAAACAGACAUCAUCUUCCAGUCUAGGCAGCGUGACACAGAGUAUAGCAAGUGCAGGAUGGGAAAGUGAAUCUGCCGCAUCAGCUUCAGAGCGAGAGAAUGAUGCAGAUGAAGAGGAUGACAGGAAGCGCCUGGGAUCGGCUUGUCGGGCGGUUAGAACUCGUAUUAUUGCAUUCUUGGAAGCCUUGAAUGCGACAAAUGCAAAAAGUCUGUUGUUGCAUUGGCCUCAACUACUCUGCGAGAGUGGAAGCGAACAUGCAUGCUUGCUGGACAUUGCAGAAAUCGAUGCGAUCGUUUCAAAUAGGGUGCAUGCAUGUCACACCAUCGAAGCUUACAUACUUGCAGGGAAGAACUUGGGCUUCUUCAAUGGUGCAGAGGAGAGGGCAGGAUUGAGUGCGUUUACUUCCUUGUCCAGCCGUAUUGCUUCUACUAUCGUACAGAUACGACAUCGAUUGAUUGGGAUACUGCAGUCGAAUUGCACAACCUCAGUAAAAGAAGCUGCACUCCGAACAACUUCGACGCUCGUUGAAGCAACACCGAAAGCUAAACUUCGCCAAACGCAUGUCGAAAUUAUUCGACCUAUAGCGCUUCGACUAUGCUCAAGCGCAGAUGCCGCGAUCGCAGUGAAAGCCUAUACUUUACUCUCCACCAUGCUUGGGGCGACAGAUGAUGAAAUUCCGACUGCAUCCUUUGGUAAUGUGCAGUUAGGUGAAAGUGUCUUGAAGUCUUUGCAAGAUGAUAAUACGGGACCCGAUACGAAGGCACAAGCAUGGAAAGCAUUAGCUAAAGUGGCUGAAAAGCAAUCAAAUGACAAUACAGAGAACGAAGCGGAACUACGCUCACUGGCACUGCAGCAACUAUCACUUGCAACGGAGGAAGUCCGACAGGGAAUAGGCUCAUUCAUUCUCGCAAAAUGUGGAGAUGUGUCCCAGCAAAGUCGUUGGAGUGAGCAUGUCAAAUUGUUACAACAGGACUCAUCACCGUCUGUGAGGAUCAUAGCAGCGGAUUGUUUGGCGUUGACAAGCUUGGAGGGCGAUGGACUUGCUUCACUUUGUCAAGAUGAGGAUAGCAGCGUUCGUGCUGCUGCAUUUCGAGGUAUCGGAAGCUCUAUACAAAGGGGAAAUAAGAUCAAUGCAGCGCACGAAGAUAUUCUGCGAAAAGGCCUACGAGAUACUUCAGCUUUGGUCAGACAACGUGCAAGCUGGUCAUUUGGCAAUCUUUGUGAAGCAGGUGGUGAGAUUAACUUAUUGUCCGACUGUAUCAUUACUCGUAGAGACGAUGAGCGUGUUGGUAUUCAUGCUAUGAGAGGAGUAGGUGCGCUGCUAGCGAAUAGCCGGUUGUCAGAUCUCAUUUCAAGAACUCAAGUAAUUGCCGAAGCAUUGGAAUGGAUCAGCGACACCUUGACGACAAGCAAAGAUCCGAAAAUGCGAUGGAACACAUGUGCAUCAGUAGGAAAAGUAUUCGCAAUGGAGGAUGUAGAUGGAAUGGCAUACCUUUUACAAUCAAAAAGUGGCUUGCCAGUAACGCUUUCUCGCAUAAUAGCAAACGACAAGACUUUCAAGACCCGCUUGACUGCAUCAACAGCACUAAUCUCUCUCAUCGAACGUACGUCAGGUACUUCGCUCUUGCAAAAUCACAUCAUUCGUCAGAUCGAAACGAAUAUCAACACAGCUAAACAAGGAAUCGUGCAACAAGUCGAAAAUGCUUCUUUCCGAGAAGCACAAUUACAUGUGAUACCCCUACAAAAGUCUAUCGAAACGCUUGCUUCUUUGUUGGCUGGGUAUUCGAUAGCAAGUACGUAG